GUCAAAUUAAUUCAGGACGCAGCAUCGAAUUAGCUGUGUAUAGCCCCAGACCGCUGUGCUUGCAAGUCGGGUAUCUGUCAGACAGGGUUUUCCGAUCGAUCGCGGUGCGAAAGGCCUGAAAGCAGAAAUCUAGCGUGCAACAAAGCAGCACGCUAUGAAGCUCUCCACCAUCCUGCUGGUGGCGGCUUUUGCAGCUCUGGUGUCUACCGGAGACGCCAGUAGCCGUCAGUUGUUGCAAGGAGGCUUGACUUCUCUCUUUGGCACACCAACACCCACUCCCACUCCAUCUCCAGCUGCUGGAGGAAGCUCCCCUUCCCCUGCUGGAGGCAGCUCCCCUUCUGGAGGCAGCUCCCCUUCUGGAGGAAGCUCCCCUUCCCCAGCUGGAGGCAGCUCUCCCUCUGGCUCGAGCCCCUCCUCCCCCGCUGGAGGCAGCUCUCCCUCUGGCUCGAGCCCCUCCUCCCCCGCUGGAGGCUCCUCGCCCUCAGGUGGCUCCUCGCCUUCAGGUGGAAGCUCCCCGGCAGCCACCCCAUUCGCCACCCCGGCAGCCACACCGGCAGCGACACAGGCUGCAGCUGCUAACAGGCAGAACACCUUUGCUGCCGCGGGCACCAGCGCGAGCCCCUCUCCCAGUGGCACCUCUGCCUCUCCCAGCCCCUCUGGCCAGGCAUCGCCGUCUCCGAGCAACGCCUUCAGCGCGUCCCCGUCUCCUUCCGGCACCCCGGCCGCCUCUCCCUCGCCCAACCAGAGCGCCCAGAGGGUAGCGCAGGCUCCCACAAACAGCAACGCAGCUGCAGCCAGCAUCCUGCCGGUCAACCAGGGAAGCAACGCACAGGCGCCUACCACUGGCAACACCGCCCAGGCCCCCGCGGCCGGCGCCAGGAUCGCCGCGGUGCCCCCCACUACCGCCCAGGCCCCUACCACCACCGCUCAGGCCCCCCAGCAGGCCAACAAGCCGGCUGCAGAGGCCCCAACAAGCGGCGCACAGGCCCCAACAAGCGGCGCACAGGCCCCAACAAGCGGCGCACAGGCCCCAACAAGCGGCGCACAGGCCCCAACAAGUGGCGCACAGGCCCCUAAGGCUGCCGCACCUACCGCCCAGCCGCCAAAGGCCGCUACCCCAGGCCAGGCGCCUUCUCCGGCCCCUCUGCCGCCCUGCAACUGUGCCGGCGUGGCCGAGUCUCUGGUGUGCGGUUUCGACGACAAGACUUACACGUCCUCUUGCGCUGCCGGCUGCGCCAAUGUUGGCGUGAAGUCCCAGGGCGCCUGCCCUGCUGUGGGCCCUGCCCCUGGGGUGCAGUGCGCUGACAGCACCGAGGUCUGCGGUGGUGACGGAGUGACCUACUCCAACACAUGCACACCCAAGAGCAAGGGUGUCGCCAUCAUCAACAACGGCCCCUGCAAGCCUGUCACUGCUCAGCAGGCAUCCAACAACUACUACAACGUGUGCGUCAUCAACAAUAACAACAACAACAACGGUGGCGGUAACAACAACAACAAUAACAACAAUUUCUGCCCAGGCUCCUCAGGCACGGUGAACAACAACAACAAUAACAACAACAACGGUGGCGGUGGCGGUGCCAACAACAACAACAAUAACAACAACAAUGGCGCUGGUGGUGCUGCCAACAACAACAAUAACAACAACAACAAUGGCGCUGGUGGUGCUGCCAACAACAAUAACAACAAUAACAAUGGCGCUGGUGGUGCUGCCAACAACAAUAACAACAACAACAACAAUGGCGGCGGUGCUGCCAACAACAACAACAAUAACAACAACAGCAACGGAGGCAGUGGAGUCGCAAACAACAACAAUAACAACAACAACAACAACGGCGGCAGCGUCGGCGGUGGCGGCACAAUCAACAACAAUGCCAACAACAACCCCGGGGCUGUGGCCGCACCUGUCCUGGUCAGCCAGCCGGCGCAGCCAGUCUCCCCGGUUAACCCUUUCACUCCUGCGGCACCCCCUGCCACCCCCACUCCUUCCGGUUGUGGCGGCAGCAUCCUCCCCCAGUCCACCCUCAAUGACCUGGUGGUGUUCUGCAACGCCACGCAGGCGCAGCUGUCGGGUGACUACGAGGUGACGUACAAGGUGGAGAUUUUUGGGCAGGAGAACCCGCAGAACUCGCAGGUGACUGAGAAUGCCAUCAACUGCUGCCUGCGCUGCGCAUUCACCGGCAACUGCAACAUCUGGGACUGGUGUAACGCGAGCGGCGGCUGCGGCAGCGGCGUGGCUGGCGGCCAGUGCUCUCUGUUCAGCACCAAGACUCUGCCCAACGUUGUGCAGAGCGGUGCCAGCCAGCCCUUCCUGGGUGGCUACCUGGCCAGGCCUUGAAAUGCUUGAGACCCUGCAGCGCUUCUGUCAAGAGCUGUCCGUGUCUUCUCGUACAUAGAAUGACUGGACUCGUCAAGUAGUUGAGCAGUGCAAAGUAUCACUGACAUGCAAGAAUUCCGCACAGACAAGGUGUGUGUUUUUUGGGAACAUGCUGUUCUGGACUUGGCUGCAAUGCUAUUAGUUCAUAUUUAAUUUAGGGGUCCAUCGAGUCGUGUUUUUGACUGCUUUUCAAGAAGAAGGCUUCUUGCUGAUGGCUAGCAUGUGCAUUGCUACAAUACUCUUAUUCAUCAAGAUCUGCCUCACUGCUCUGCGCGUGAAGUAAGUAUCCGGAGUGCUGUCCCCUGCUAGAAAGCUAGAUUGGCAUGUAAGGAGUGAUAUGUCCUCUUCAA